UUGUUAUCACCGGAUUAAUGGCUGAUGUCAAAAAUAAAUUGACAUAGAUCUUUUUAAUUAAAAAAAUAUUUUAAGCAGUUCGCAACUGACAAAAUAUGUUUCUUCUAUACACAAUACACAAUUGUAGUUAAAACAGUUAUUUAGAAAAUGGACAGGUUUAAACAUCGUGGGUUUAGCUGACCCGUACUUUUAUUUAAAUAAAAUUGUUUGUAUCCGGGUAAAAUUAAAUUAACAACCAGCAACAAUGGUACAAAAAUACCAAUCCCCUGUUAGGAUAUACAAGUACCCAUUCGAAAUUGUUAUGGCGGCAUAUCAGAAACGUUUUCCGACCUGUAAGAUGAUACCAGUGUUUCUGGGAAGUGACAUAAUACAUGAGGUUAAAAGUGAAGACGGAGCCAUACAUGAUGUUGAGCGUCGUUGUAGGCUGAACAUUGAUGCUCCAUACCUCCUAAAGAAGAUUGCUGGUGUCGACCAUGUGGUAUUCAUCCAGAAGAACUGCCUAGACCGAAGAAACCGAACUUUAAAGAUAUUUGCACACAAUGAAAGUUUCUCUUCAAGGAUUAUUAUCAACGAAAUAUGCACUUACACAGUUCACAAAGAGAACUCUGACUGGACAUGUUUUGAGCAGGAAGCCAGUUUGGAUAUUAAGUCUUUUUUUGGCUUUGAAAAUACAGUGGAAAAAAUUGCCAUGAAGCAAUACACACACAAUAUCAAGAAGGGCAAGGAAGUAAUAGAGUACUACAUAAAUGAGCUGAUAAGCGAAGGCGUUACCCACAUUCCUCGAUGGACCCCUGCUGUACCCUCCUGUAGCGCAACACCAGACCAGCCCUGCUUGCUGGAGAGCGGUGUUGGUACCCGGUCAGGCUCCUCCCAGGAUAGCGGCGUUCGUACGCGGUCGAGCAGCGUGUGUUCCACAGGCAGCCAGCACAGCCAAGGCAGUCUGGUGCUAGGGGCCACGGCCGCCUCCAUCACACCACAGGAUAGUCCCACAGGGGAAAUGACUGUAGCCAGUGAGGAUAAGCUGGAUGCCGACUACAUUGAGCGCUUCCUUGGUCACCUGACCCCAGUACAAGAAAGUCAGCUUGUACAGCUCAGACAGCUGCUGCAGAAAACACAUAAAGGAAAGAUCCCAAAGGAUGCACAUAUCCUGCGGUUCCUGAGAGCUCGAGACUUCAACUUUGAGAAGGCUCGUGAGAUGCUGGUUCACUCGCUGGCCUGGCGCAAGCUGCACAACAUUGACCACCUGCUGCACACGUACACGCCCCCUGAGGUGCUUACCAAGUACUACACGGGCGGCUGGCACUUCUCAGAUAAAGAUGGUCGACCACUCUAUGUUCUGAGAUUAGGGCUGAUGGACGUAAAGGGGCUCAUGAAGGCAGUGGGCGAGGAGAACCUUCUCAAGCAUGUUUUGUGGGUUAAUGAAGAAGGGCUAAGACGGGCAAGCGAAGCUACCAAGCAAAGAGGACACCCUGUCUCUGCAUGCACCUGCAUUGUUGAUCUGGAAGGACUCAGCAUGCGACACUUAUGGCGGCCGGGUAUUCGUGCCCUACUGCGUAUCAUAGAGAUAGUGGAGGCCAACUACCCAGAGACCAUGGGGCGCCUGCUAAUUGUGCGGGCCCCACGUGUGUUCCCGGUCCUGUGGACGCUGGUCAGUCCAUUCAUUGAUGAGAACACAAGCAAGAAGUUCAUGAUCUAUGGAGGAAAUGACUACCAGGGCCCUGGUGGCCUUGUGGACUUCAUUGAUAAGAAAUAUAUACCAGACUUCCUGGGCGGCGAAUGCUAUUGUGAUGUACCAGAGGGUGCCAUGGUGCCCAAGUCCCUGUACAAGGAGGAGUUCACAGACUGGUCCCCUGACGAGCCCCCUCUCACCGUCAGCAACAGCCCUUACACCACCACCUUCGUUAUCAAGGAUUACCCCAAUGAGGUCCUUAUGAAUGUACCACAGCGUGGCUGUGUAAUAACCUGGGAUUUUGACAUCCUGAAAGGGGACGUAACAUUCACAGUGUUCCGCUGCAAGAGCGUACUCAACAAGGAGACUUAUGAGCACCCUCACCAUGUGGGGGGCCAGGUUGUGAGCACCCAGUACAUAGACAAAAGCAUGCAGGUGGGACCAGACCUCAGUAUAGUGGAACCUCCACAUAUAUGUAGGGACGGCGACAGUGUGCAAGGGUCCCAUGUUGCCAGCACCCCAGGUAGCUACAUUCUGCAGUGGAAGCACUUUGAUUCUUCGAAGGCAUCCUUUGAGUUCUCUCUCUCCACCCACAAGUCAAAGGUCAUGUACUACACGGAGCUGCUGCCCUCAGAAGUGUUUAGGGGCUCCAUGUCAAGCCUUCAGUCCAGUACCAGUGGCUUCUCCUCCCUCAGUAUUGGAACAUCACAGAGCGGCCAGUCUAUGCGGAAACACUGAUUAGCAGGACACCAGUCUACUAACUGUUCUUGACAGAAUCUUACCUCUAGUCCAAAGGUCACAGAAUCAAAACCAUUUGUGUCAUUGUAGCUACUUUAUGGCAUUAAUGAGUACGUUCAAGGAAAUUAAGCAAUUUAAAAUAAACAUUGGCUGCUUUGUAGAUUGUAAUUGCAACAUGUUACAGUGUAGUUUGUAUGCAAAUGAAAUAGACAGAACAAAUGUAUAUGCAGUAAGCAAUUGUUGUUGUUACUCAAAAAAUGAGAAUUAUAUAUAAACAAAUUAUGCUUUUCAUUUAUACCUAAGAAGAAUGGCAAAUAAAAUAUGGGUCGCUAAACACUUAACUAUUUCAAGUUAUGCUUACUACAAUAAGUUAAAUACUCCAUACUUUUUUUUACAUGCGAUACUACAUUAACUAAACAUCACACCACUAAAUUUUCUUCAAGUUAGUUAAUUUUGUGCACUAUCUGUUUUGAGAAAUGCAUUUAAUAAAAGUGGUAUUAACCAGUUUGAUCCAGUAACUAAUACGAUCUCACAAAAAAACAACUGAUAUGUUUACUUUUGUGUGCCAUUGUUUAUUAUUAAACAGAAACAAAUGCAUAAAAAAUAACAUUUUCUAUUAACUGGUGUUUGAAAUUAAAAUAAUAACUGAUCAGAUACUGACAUUUUUAUUUCAACUCUUAAUUUAUAUAAUUGACGAAGAAAUGGUAUUUUUGUGAGAUUUUGUUGUAACAUGAACUCUAUUUCUAUUACUACAGUCGAGCUUUAUUCAAACUUGUGGAUUCUUUUUAGUAUACAUUGAUAAUCAUCGGAUAAAAGUUGUAAUCAAGAUAUCUGAGAAACAUUGAGUGUUGUUGUGCCAUGUAUACCUCAUUCAUUGUCACACUAAUGCUAACACCCCAUCCACAACCAUCACACUUCAACACCCCAACCCAUUUGAUGAAGUUUUAUGUCUCGUCCUAGCAACCUUUUACAAAGUUACUCAUUAUAGGGUAUAGGGUACUCAUGUUUAAAUAGCUCUGUCAGAAAUGAAUGCUUAUUGGUGUACAUGCAUAUAUACUUAUUAUAAUCCAUGUUAUUUACAGCAUCUAAAGAACUAAAGAGUUUCUUUUAUGUGAUUUAUGCAUUCUCAAAUAUCUUGUUUUGUUUAUCAUUGCAAUCCAAAAAUGUAACGAUAAUAUAAACUGUGGUUAAUAUCAGCUUGAACUUUAAAAUAAAUGGCAGUAAAGACAAAAACUAUGUUGAGAUACUAUUUUAGGUAUUUAAUUUCCAGCCAGUUUUUUGUGGAACUUAGAUACACAAUUAUAUUUAUGCAUUAAACAGCAUCUUAUGUUCUUUGUGAAGUUGUUAUUUUAUACUUAUAUGCCUACAGAAUGUUACAAAAAGUUUAUGUAUCUUAUGAUAAUUCAAGAGCUUUAUUGAAAGAAGGGUAUUUGAAGUGUGCUUGUUCAUGAUACACGUAUUUUUUUUUGUCCAUGAUAAAGAUACAGGGAAUCUUUGUGUUGCUUUGUGUUAAAGUGUGUGCAAAGUUUGUGCUAAAUUGUUAUAUUAUCAAAGAUAAAACUUUCUUUAGAAAAAUCGAAUAGACAUUUGAAAGAUAAAACUCUUCUGAAAUGUUAAGUUUAUUGUAAACACAUUUGUAUUGUUGAUUGAUCUUGUUGAUCAUUGACCUAAGCUGUAAACAUUUAAGUUUCCUGAUAGUUUAUCUUUGGAAAGAACAUACAAUAACAUUUUGUGAAUGAUUUUAAAUUUUAUUUUUUAUAUAUGAUUUUAAAAGUUCUGAAAGAUUGAACAUAUUGUAAAUAGGUGAAACAUUGAGAGUCUUGUGAGGUAUAUGUAGUCGUCAUUUGUGAUACCCUCCACUAGGAUUCUUGUUAAAUAGUGUGAUCAUUGAAGCAGAACAUUAAUAUCAAAUAUUAAGAGGAUGAAUGAUCUUGAGAAAGAUAAGUAAUUUUCCUACUGCACAUCAGAGAUGCAGUGCUGAUUUCACUGCUUCAGACAUACAAUGAGCCAGUAUUUUUUACAUGUAUAGUUUAGCAUGUUUUUUUUUAAAUUCAUAUGUUGUAAAUGCGAAAAGCAAUUUUCCUUUUGCAUGUUUUCACUCCUUUGGCCAUUUAGCGGAUUAUAAACAGAACUUCUUGUAUUUUAACAAAUUACUUGACACAUUUCUUUUGUAUACAAUGUUCUACUCUUAGGUAUAUAUACCAACUGCAUAUAUGUUUGUGUUAUUUUACUGUGGCGCUGUUCUGAUAUUAAUUCAUGCCAUAAGUGUUGCAAGCUGCACAUUCAUAUGUACCACUAUUUUUACACUGAAAAUGCUUUAACAUGAAGCAUGACCAUUAAUUUAUCAAAUUUAUGCCUAAAUAAAAAAAAUAUGCUAAGUCUGCCACAUUGCUCUGUGUAAUGUUUACUCGGUAAAAGUUGCAUCAAACUGAUAUUUGCAUUAAAUGUGUUUUUUUCUGCUACACUAUGGUUUAAUUACCUGAUUCCAUGCAAGUAGCUAUUGAUAUUUUAAUGUUUUGACAGACAAAUCAUAAGUUCAUGUGAUAUUGCUUUGCUAACGGAAAUUGGCAUUAAAUGUUGAUAUGUAAUUCCAUACAAAAAGUAGCCCAGAAUCCAUGGAUGUCGAUUUAUUUUGCUAAUAACAUUCAUAUACUCUUUAAAUGUUAAUUUUCUUUUUAAGGCAUGCUUUGCUUACAUCAUUUAAAAUAAACCUAGCUAAAUGCAACCAUGUAAAAAAUGUUUGUGUAAAGUGAACAUUCAACCAACCAGGUAAUCUACAAAAAAAUUUAGUAAUUGAUCUAGUAAAUUUGUUACGGAAAAUAAUCUUGUUCAAAAUUAUAUAUUGUUUUAGCCAUAACAUCUGGAAUACAUUAUUGCUUAAUUUUUGUGCAAUGACACACCUAUUUAUUGUAGAUGUAAAGGGGGCAAUAUUUUGCAAACAUUAAAUUGGUAAACGGUACAAGUAACCAUAAGCCGUACUUGGUUUACCAUGAAUCAUUACAGCCUAACAAGUUAUGCUGCGAUGUUUUUGGAUCACAUAUCGAGCAGUGUGAUAUAGUUGGAUAAGUGUAGGUUUUCCUGCAUACUCUUGAUAGUUCACUGAAUGAGAAUUUUCAUGUAUUGUG